CUCGUGCACAGGAAUCUACAACAAGUCCCACGUGAACAGCGUCGCCCUUAGCAACCACCGUCACUAAAUGACAGUAAAAUAUAUUAACCGCCGUGGAAGACGAAAAUAAACACGACAUACUCAUUAGCCGUGUUAAUUUACCGAAGGGAUUAUGGACAAUAAACUGACGAAAAGUGAAAUACCUCUUUACGGAUCUGGCAUGUUUCACCCUAAACCUCCAAACAAGUCUAGAGAGACUCACAGGGGCAAACUUCUGCCUUUAAGGGGCAUCUACUCUGAGCUCAUAACUAACAUUAAAUCAGACAAAACACAACAGUUUUACAAACAAGGUCCAGUGUCCCAGCAAAGUUUACUGUGCCAGGGGGGACGCAAGUCCAACUCCUGCAAAACUAUGUUGAAAACACCUCUUGACCUGCACAGUGCUAUGGAGAAAGACUGGAAUGGACCGGGCCCACAACUGCAGCAAGAGACAGAUUUUUACUCUGUCAGUUACACCCCUAAAGUUCAGCUACCUUAUAUUUGCCCCCCAGGACAUGUGCCCCGCAAGAUCGAGAUUGAGAGACGCAGGAGGGAGUAUCAGAAAUUAGAUAUAAGUAAACUUUUGUCAGAGCAAGGCAUCAACUCUAAUCAGCUCAUACCCAGCAACCAGACAAGAACGGAGACCAAAAACCAGCCUGAUCCAAACUACCUGUCUUUGGAGAUAUUCGACAAUGAGGAGUUUGACUGCCGUACUCCAGAGGAAUGGCUGGCUUUAGGUUAUGAGCCAGGCUCCAUGAAUCGCAAACCCAUUCCAGCCAAAGCCCUGUUGCCGACAAAAAACAGCAUCCCACCUGUGGAUCCACAGAGCCCGGCUGUGGAGUAUUCUUGGCAGUCGGUUGGGGUACUACGGUACAGCCAGGAAAAGAAGCAGUAUUUGGUGCAUAAAGCAGACUGUAAUGGAUGGGUCCGAGAUUUCAUGGGAAACCCCAUUUUAAAUGGAGGACAGAGAGAAGGGGUUUUGCUGGAGAGCCAGUAUUGGGUUCCCAGGAUCAGGUUGCUGUUUUGUGCGGAGGAUCCACGUGUCUUUGCUCAGAGAGUCCAGUUUGCAGAGAAUUUGAGACAAAACACAGAGGCUUCAAAUUUAUAUCAUCAUUCUGUUGAUUGUAUGCCAGUGUGGCAUCUCCAUCCCACCAGUUUAGAACGCAUCAGAAAAUAUGCACUUUCCACAUCAGGCCUGCAACUUAAAUGUCUACAGGAAUGCGAGAAGCAGCUGGAGAAAGAGCUUAAUUUGGAAUACAGCCGCACUCUGAACCAGAUGUGCUUUAAUAAGGUGGUACAGGACAAGCCAGAGGACAUCACACUUCCUCAAACCCAACCCGAGAGCAUUCCUGAGAGAGGCUUCGUGUCAGUCCCAAACUAUCCUUUUGAGAAGAACCGUGCAGCUUUUGUCUUUAAUUCUCUGCUCACUAAGGCUGAGGUGAUCGCGGUGCUGUCCAGAGUAAGAGAAGAGUGCAACCGGGUGGCAGAAAUGAGCCUGUUUUAUGUCAGCUUCACAAAGUCACUUCGUUUAGAGGAGUUUGAGUCCGCACAGUCCCAGAAACAUUCACAGAUCCAUUUGUUUCUAGAAGAGUCAUGGUUGCCUGCUUUAUGUAAUGGCAUAUCGUCUAAUCUGCGCGAUGAGAGAUGUAGCUGGUACAACCUUGCAGUCUCCCGCUGUGAUGUUUACCGCAUGUCCAAACUGUGUCGCCUGAUGGCGCUGAUUCGCAGCCUUCAACAGGACUCACUCAGGUUCCUGGUUCAAGGCUCUUUGGCCAGCUUGACCAAAUUAAUUCUUGAUGCUUGUCACAGUGUCCUGCAAUGCCCUCAAGAGCUGACCUGGGGUCCCGAUCUCAUAAACAGCCCAUAUAAGCCAAAAAAGAAGCCACUUUUCUCAGUGGAUUUGGUGCUUGACCAGACUGGGGUUCACUAUAGCACUCCUCUAGAGAGCUUUGAGACCUCCGUUAUCAACCUGUUUGAUAAAGGAAUCCUGUCCACACACAACGUGCCUCAAGUAGACAAGUUUGUAUUGCCGAACCUGUUUAUUGUUGGAGAAGUGUUAUGGUCAGUGGGCUUGUGGGAACCUGAAGUCAAGAAUCUGAGGGAGAGUAUCAGUAAAGCUCUGAAACAGGCCAUCAUUCCUCUCAAAGCCUACACCCGUGAAUAUGAAUGCUACCUUGAGCUCUACAACUCCGACGUCAACACAUAUCUUGAGUUGCACAGUCAGGAGAACCAGACACCUCAGGAAGUGAAGCAGGAGGUUCUGGAGCACCUGAUGGAGGUGGAACAUUUAAAUAAGUCCAUUCCGUCUGCCAUUAUCAUCGGACCGUUCAUGGUCAAUGUCGAAGCCAUCCGGCAAAGUCUGGUAAAGAAACGGAAAGGUCUUGCCAAAGCAUUGCUAGACCGUCUUGCCCUGAGAUUACGUCAACAGAUGCAGGAUGCAUGUAAGGAGUGUAAAGCUAUCAGCAAAAAGCUGUUUGAGAAGCCCAGCAGCAUUGAGGAGCUCACAGAGCAAAGAGAAUGGAUGAACCAAGUCCCUGAACAACUAAAAGCGCAUGAGGAGAUUUUAUCUAAAGCCAUGUCUGAUUAUGAUCUAAUAGAUGAAUUCUAUUACAGUCUUUCCGAUGAGGAAUUCAAAGAGAAGUGGUCAGCAAUGGCCUGGCCCCAUAAGAUCCUGACCCAGAUGGAAACAGUGAGUGCUCAGCAUGUUGACGAUGAAGAACGUUUCGAUAAGAUCCAGGUUGCAGAUCAAAACAGCUUCCUGGAACGCUUGAGUUUCCUCGAGAUGGUGGUGGCUGGAUUUUCUGGUUAUACAAACCUUGAGCGAGCACACGAAGUGGCAAAUGAAGUGCGGAGAGUAGGCAAACAGCUGAAAGAGUGCCAGGAAAUGGCGCAGCUUUACAAUAACCGUGAACGACUCUUUGGAAAACCAGUUACUAAUUACACAGAGUUACAGAAGCUAAACCGAGACUUUCAGCCUUUUCAUGACCUGUGGAAAACAACAUCAGAUUGGCUGCGAUGGCAUGAAAGCUGGCUCAAUGACCCGCUGGCAGCCAUCAACCCUGAACAGCUGGAGCGUAAUGUCACUGAUGCUUACAAGACUAUGCACCAGUGUGUCAAACAGUUUAAAGAUCUUCCUGCCUGUCAAGAAGUAGCAUCUGAAAUCCGGACUAAAAUUGAAGCAUUCCGUCCGUUUAUCCCUCUGAUCCGAAGCCUGAGGAAUCCUGGCAUGCGGAAUCGCCACUGGGAACUUCUCUCUGAACGUAUCAACAUAAAUAUGAGGUCCAGAGCAAAUCUGACUUUUUCUCUUUGUCUGGAGUUGGGCCUGCAAGAUCAUGUGGAGGAAAUCACACGCGUGGCUCAGGAAGCUGGAAAAGAAUAUUCUAUCGAGCAAGCUCUGAACAAGAUGGAGGAAGAAUGGUCAACAGUGAUGUUUGAGGUGAUGCCGUAUAAAGAGACAGGAACUUACAUACUGAAGAGCCCAGAUGAAGCAUCUCAGCUCCUAGAUGACCACAUCGUCAUGACCCAGAGCAUGGCCUUCUCUCCAUAUAAAAAACCCUUUGAGGAGAGAAUCAGCAAGUGGGAAAGUAAACUGAAAAUGACACAGGAAGUAUUAGAAGAGUGGCUCAUCUGUCAGCGGUCGUGGCUGUACAUGGAACCCAUUUUCAGCUCUGAUGACAUCAACCGCCAGCUGCCGGUGGAAGGAAAGAGGUAUCAAACCAUGGAGCGCACCUGGAGGAAUAUCAUGAAGGCCGCCCAUGAUAACAAUCGGGUGAUUGAAGUGUGUCCUGAAGCACGUCUGUUGGCCAGUCUCAAAGACUGUAACAAUCUACUGGAGCUUGUGCAGAAAGGACUAAGUGACUACCUGGAAACCAAGCGAAGCGCCUUCCCCAGAUUUUACUUUUUAUCAGAUGAUGAGUUGCUGGAGAUUUUAUCUCAGACUAAAGAUCCAACAUCAGUGCAGCCACAUCUCCGCAAAUGUUUUGAGAACAUUGCCCGGCUCCACUUUCAGUCAGAUCUACUGAUCACACGCAUGUACUCUUCUGAGGGAGAGGAAGUUCAUUUAUCCGUUCCUGUCUCUCCUACUGGCAAUGUGGAGCACUGGUUACGGGAAGUGGAGAAUUCAAUGAAAGCCAGUGUAAGAGACAACAUCAGUCGCUCUUUGCAGGCUUAUGUUGAGCAUCCUCGCACAGAGUGGGUUCUGUCCUGGCCCGGUCAGGUUGUUAUUGCUGGCUGUCAAACAUUUUGGACCCAAGAAGUGUCAGAGUCUUUGAAUAAGGGAGACUUGGCAGAUCGGCUUUACCCACAGUUGCAGAAACAGUUAGGAGAUUUGGUGAAGCUGGUGCGGGGUCAGCUGUCAAAGAUGCAACGGGCCAUACUCUCAGCACUCAUUGUCAUUGAAGUACAUGCUAAAGAUGUGGCAGCCAAGCUGGUUGAGGAGGAAGUGUCCAGUGUCAAUGACUUUGAGUGGAUCAGCCAGCUAAGAUACUACUGGCGUCACGAUCUUUACAUCAGAGCUGUGAAUGCUGAGUUUUUAUACGGUUACGAGUACCUUGGCAACUCAGGUCGACUUGUUAUCACUCCACUGACAGACAGGUGUUAUCUAACCCUGACUGGAGCACUUCACUUAAAAUUCGGAGGUGCUCCGGCAGGCCCUGCAGGUACAGGAAAGACAGAAACCACUAAAGACCUGGGCAAAGCUUUGGCUAUCCAGACUGUAGUGUUUAACUGCUCCGACCAGCUGGACUUCAUAGCCAUGGGCAAGUUCCUCAAAGGUCUCGCUAGUUCGGGGGCCUGGGCCUGCUUUGACGAAUUCAAUCGAAUUGACGUGGAGGUUUUAUCAGUCGUGGCUCAACAGAUCACAACCAUCCAAAAAGCCCAGCAGCAAAGAGUGAAGACGUUUGUAUUUGAAGGCAUGGAAAUUGCUCUUGUUUCAUCCUGUGCGGUCUUCAUAACUAUGAAUCCAGGUUAUGCUGGUCGUACUGAACUUCCAGAUAAUUUAAAGGCCCUCUUCCGUCCAGUGGCUAUGAUGAUCCCUGAUUACGCCAUGAUAGCUGAGAUCUCCCUUUACUCAUUUGGCUUCAGCGAUGCCAAAGUCUUAUCCAAAAAAAUCACCAGCACCUUUAAACUGUCCUCAGAACAGCUCAGCUCACAGGAUCACUAUGAUUUUGGGAUGAGAGCUGUGAAAACUGUGAUAUCUGCAGCUGGAAACUUGAAGAGGGAAAAUCCUGAUAUGAAUGAGGAGCUGAUAUGUCUGCGUGCCAUCAGGGAUGUCAAUGUACCAAAGUUUCUUCAGGAUGACCUCAAACUCUUCAAUGGCAUUGUAUCUGACCUCUUCCCCAAGAUCCGUGAAGAGCCGAUUGACUAUGGCACCCUUGAUGAGUCCAUAAGGAAUGUCUGUGCAAACAAGUGCCUUAAAGAUGUGGAUGGCUAUAUAACCAAAUGCAUUCAGUUGUACGAGACCACUGUAGUCAGACACGGUCUAAUGUUGGUGGGACCAUCAGGCUCUGGGAAAACUAGGUGUUAUGAAGUGCUGGCAGCAGCCAUGACGGCUCUGAAAGGCCAGCCCUCAGUUAGCGGAGGAGAAUAUGAGGCUGUACAGACCUAUGUGCUUAAUCCAAAGUCCAUCACCAUGGGGCAGCUUUACGGAGAAUUCGACCAGCUUACUCACGAAUGGACAGAUGGUAUACUGUCUUGUCUCAUUCGGGAUGGAGCUUCAUCCAUGGAGCAGGAAAAGAAGUGGUACAUGUUUGACGGGCCUGUAGAUGCCGUGUGGAUCGAGAACAUGAACACAGUUCUGGAUGACAACAAGAAACUGUGUCUGAGUUCCGGAGAGAUCAUCAAACUCUCUGAUGCGAUGACAAUGAUGUUUGAGGUGCAGGAUUUGGCGGUGGCCUCUCCUGCCACAGUUUCUCGCUGUGGCAUGGUGUAUCUGGAGCCGAGCAUUCUGGGUUUGACUCCAUUCACAGAGUGUUGGCUCCGAACAAUCCCUGACAUGUUUCGGCCCUACGCGGAUCAAAUCAACUCGCUCUUUACAAGGUUCUUGCAGGACUCCAUCAGAUUUGUCAGAGAGUCCAUAAAGGAGGUGAUCACCUCCAUGGACAGCAAUCUCACCUGCUCUCUGCUCAAACUACUGGACUGCUUCUUUCAGCCGUUCAUCCCACGAGAGGGCAAGAAGCCUCAUUCCCAGGAGAAACUAUCUCGGUUGCAGGAGCUGAUUGAGCCCUGGUUUAUCUUUGCACUCAUAUGGAGUGUUGGAGCUACAGGAGAUGCCAACAGCUGCCAGCGUUUCAGUGUCUGGCUCAGGGGCAAGAUGGUCGAAGAAAAGAUCCAACUGUGCUUCCCUGAGGAGGGAGCAGUUUAUGAUUACAAUUUAGAUGAUGCAGGAAUAAGUUGUUUUGAUGAUGAGGACGGAGAGGGUAAAGAGAGGAAGGUACAGUGGGUCAGCUGGAUGAAAUAUGCCCAGGAAGUGGUCAUCACCCCUGAAACAAGAUACUCAGACAUCAUUGUGCCCACAGUCGACACCGUUCGCAUGUCUUUCCUGAUAGACAUGCUACUUUCCAAUAAGAACCCUGUCUUAUGCAUUGGGCCCACCGGCACAGGAAAGACCCUGACCAUAUCAGACAAGCUUCUGAAAAAUAUGCCUGCUGAAUACAUAACUCACUUCCUGAUGUUCUCAGCUCGUACCUCCGCCAACCAGACACAAGACUAUAUUGACAGCAAACUGGAUAGGAGGCGUAAAGGUGUGUUUGGGCCUCCUCUGGGAAAAUAUUUCAUCUUCUUUAUCGAUGAUCUGAACAUGCCCAUGCUAGAGACAUAUGGAGCUCAGCCUCCAAUUGAACUCCUGCGCCAGUGGAUGGAUCACGGAGGCUGGUAUGACAGGAAACAGAUAGGUACAUUUAAAAACCUUGUUGACAUAAACUUCGCCUGUGCGAUGGGCCCCCCCGGCGGAGGAAGGAAUCCUAUCACUCAACGCUUCACACGCCACUUCAACUUCCUGUCAUUCACUGAGAUGGAGGACGCCAGCAAGGGGAAGAUCUUCUCCACCAUCCUGGGCAGCUGGAUGCAGAAAACUCCAGAAAUGAAGCCGUUCUGCAAGCCACUUGUUGAUGCUACUAUCAGGGUUUACUCCACUAUUACAUCCGCUCUCCUACCCACACCUGCCAAAUCCCACUAUACUUUCAACCUGAGAGAUCUCUCCAAAGUCUUCCAGGGCAUCCUGAUGGCAGAGGCUGGAAAAAUAGAGAAUAAAAUACAGCUACUGCAGCUUUGGUAUCACGAGAGCUGCAGAGUUUUCCAGGAUCGACUGGUCAGUGAAGAGGACAGGAGUUGGUUUGACCAGCUCCUCCAUAACCAUAUAAAGAAGUUUGGGUGUGAGAUUGAGGAGGUGGUCCCUUAUCAGCCCAUUCUCUAUGGGGACUUCAUGUUUCCUGGGGCUGUAAAGGUUUACCAGCUUAUUCAAGAUAGAGAGAAGCUGGCCCGUGUGAUGGAAGAGUACUUGGAUGAUUAUAACCAGACCAGCACCUCUAAAAUGAAGCUGGUGCUUUUCAUGGACGCCAUACAGCAUGUGUGUCGUAUCAGCCGUAUCCUGCGCCAGCCCCUCGGGAACGCUUUGCUGUUAGGCGUCGGUGGCAGUGGACGCCAGUCUCUUACCAGGCUUGCCACGCACAUAGCUGAGUAUGAGUGCUUCCAGAUUGAACUCUCCAAAAACUAUGGCCUCCUGGAGUGGAGAGAGGACAUCAAGAGCAUCAUGCUAAAGGCUGGCAUGCAGAACGUGCAAAUCACCUUCCUGUUUGUAGAUACACAGAUUAAGAGCGAAUCUUUCCUGGAAGAUGUGAACAACAUCCUCAACUCAGGCGACGUGCCCAAUCUGUACACUUCAGAGGAACAGGAGCGGAUCCUCACUGCUAUGAAACCGGUGGUUCAGGACAUGGGCCAGCAGCCCACCAAAGCCAACCUCAUGGCUGCCUACGUCAAUAGAGUCCGCAGCAACAUCCACACUGUCCUCUGCAUGAGUCCGGUAGGGGAAGUGUUUCGCGCUCGCCUCAGACAGUUUCCCUCUCUUGUAAACUGCUGCACUAUUGACUGGUUCAGUGCUUGGCCACAGGAGGCACUAGAGUCUGUAGCAACAUCUUUUCUCAAUGAGCUUCCAGAACUGGAGUCCAAUCCUAAGACCAUCCAGAGCCUGGCGCUGAUGUGUGUUGAAAUCCAUCAAAUGGUGUCCAGGAAGUGUGAGCAAUACCUAGCGGAACUUUCCCGCCACAACUCUGUCACACCUAAGAGCUACCUGGAGCUCCUGAGCAUAUUCUCAUCUUUGAUUGGCCAGAAGAAGCAGGAGCUUCACAGCGCUCGACAGCGAAUGAAAACUGGCCUGGACAAGUUAUUGAGUACAGCCGAGGAUGUGGCCAAGAUGCAGGAAGAGUUGGAGAUGAUGAGGCCUCAGCUGGAGGAAGCAGCCAAGGAUACUGUGAUCACAAUGGAGAAAAUAAAAGAAGACACAGUUGUAGCUGAAGAGACCCGUGUAGCAGUGCAGGCUGAGGAGACUAAAGCCACUGAAAAGGCUCGAGUAGCUCAGGCCAUCGCUGAUGAUGCUCAGAAAGAUCUGAAUGAAGCACUUCCUGCGCUUGACGCUGCGCUCGCUAGCUUGCAGUCAUUGAAGAAGAAUGAUGUCGUUGAGGUGCGAGCUAUGCAGAGGCCUCCUCCAGGAGUGAAGCUGGUUAUAGAAGCUGUGUGCAUUUUGAAGGGUAUAAAACCCAAGAAAGUUGCUGGAGAGAAGCUCGGAGAGAAGGUUGAUGACUACUGGGAUGCAGGAAAAGGCCUUCUGCAGGAUCCAGGGAAGUUUUUGGAGAGUCUGUUUAAGUAUGACAAGGACAACAUCCCAGACUCAGUGAUCAAACAAGUGCAGCCUUACAUGGACAACCCCGAAUUCCACCCUGACUCAAUCGCCAAAGUGUCCAAAGCCUGUACUUCCAUCUGUCAGUGGGUGCGAGCGAUGCAUGUUUACCAUUUUGUGGCCAGAGCUGUAGAGCCCAAACGGCAAGCCUUGCAGGAAGCUCAGGAGGAUCUGGCUGUAACACAGCGCAUUCUGGAUGAUGCUAAGGGCAAACUGGCAGCUGUAGAGGAGGGCAUUGCCACGCUUCAGGCCAAAUACCACGAAUGCCUGGCUAAGAGAGAUGAGCUAGAUGCUAAAUGCCAGCUGUGCGAGAACAGACUGAUCCGUGCAGAUAAGCUGAUUGGUGGUUUGGCUGAUGAAAAAGUGCGCUGGAGUGAAACCGUACAGCAGCUGGAGUAUAUGGUGAAUAAUGUGGCAGGAGAUGUGCUGCUCGCUGCAGGAUACGUUGCUUACCUCGGACCCUUCACUGGCGAGUAUCGUUCAGCAAUGGCUGAAGAGUGGCUCAGGGGUUUUAAAGAUCUGGCGGUUCCUCACACAGAACAGCCCAACCUGAUCAGUACCCUGGGAGACAAAGUCAAAAUCCGCUCCUGGCAGAUUGCAGGCCUGCCGAAGGAUAGUCUCUCUGUGGAGAAUGGAGUAAUUGCACAAUACUCUCAGCGCUGGCCUCUGUUUAUCGAUCCGCAGGGACAGGCCAACAAGUGGAUCAAGAACAUGGAGCGUGAUAACAGAUUGGAUGUGAUGAAGCUGAGUGACCGGGACUUCCUGCGUAGUUUAGAAAAUGCCAUCCGUUUUGGGAAGCCUUGCUUGCUGGAGAAUGUCGGAGAAGAGCUGGACCCUGCACUGGACCCUGUGCUCCUACGACAGACGUAUACGCAUGAAGGCAACACAGUUCUAAAACUCGGAGACACUAUCAUUCACUAUCAUGACGAUUUCAAAAUGUACAUCACCACGAAGCUGCCAAACCCACAUUACUCGCCAGAGAUCUCUACUAAAGUCACUCUCAUCAACUUCACCCUCUCGCCCAGUGGGUUAGAGGAUCAGCUUCUUGGGCGUCUCGUUGCCGAAGAGAGACCUGACCUAGAAGGAGCGAAGAAUCAACUCAUUGUGAGUAACGCACAGAUGAAACAGGAGUUAAAGGAGAUUGAAGAUCAGAUCCUGUUCAGGCUGAGCUCUUCAGAGGGAAACCCUGUUGAUGACGAGGAGCUGAUAAAAGUGCUUGGAGCCUCCAAAGUCAAAGCUGAAGAAAUUCAGGCUAAAGUGACUGCAGCUGAGGCAACGGAGAGGGACAUUGAUGCCACACGUCUAGAAUACGUCCCAGUGGCCGUCAGAGCCCAGAUCCUCUUCUUCUGUGUGUCGGAUCUGUCAAACGUGGAUCCCAUGUACCAGUACUCUCUGGAGUGGUUCCUGGGUAUUUUCAUGGGUGGCAUUGUCAACUCAAAGCAAGCAGAUGCCGUGAUAGAGCGUAUUUUGAACAUAAAUGAGUUCUUCACCUUCAGCUUGUACAGUAAUGUUUGCCGCAGCCUUUUUGAAAAACACAAGCUGAUGUUUGCCUUCCUCCUGUGUGCCAGAAUCCUGACCAAUGACAGCAAGAUUGAUAUGGCUGAGUGGAGAUACAUGUUAUCUGGAGGUCAAACACAGCAACAAACUCCUAAUCCUGCUCCAAACUGGCUAUCCACGAGGGCCUGGCAGGAUAUACUGGCAUUAAGUGCCUUGCCCAGCUUCAGUAACCUGCCACAAAGUUUCUCCAAACACGAGUCUGCCUUCAAGAGUAUAUUUGACAGCAGCCAGCCACACAGAGAGCCUCUACCAGGUGAAUGGGAAAGCCAAUUAGACUCAUUCCAGAAGCUGUUAAUUCUGCGCUGUCUGCGAGCUGACCGGCUCACUCACGGCCUGCAGGACUUUGUGUCAUCACAGCUGGGUCAGCGUUUCAUUGAACCCCAGACAUCAGACCUGUCUGUGGUGUUUAAAGAGUCGUCUCCCUCCACACCUCUCAUUUUCGUGCUUUCUCCCGGAACCGAUCCUGCUGCCGACCUCUAUAAGUUUGCAGAGAUCAUGAAGUUUUCAAAGAAGAUGAACGCAAUUUCCCUCGGCCAAGGCCAGGGUCCCAGUGCUGAGGUCAUGAUGCACAGUGCCAUGGAGAAAGGCAAAUGGGUUUUCUUCCAAAACUGCCAUCUUGCUCCCAGCUGGAUGCCAUCUCUGGAGAGACUCAUCGAAAACAUCGAUCCUGACAAAGUUCAUCGGGACUUCCGGCUUUGGCUCACUAGUCUGCCAAGCAACAAGUUUCCCGUGUCCAUCCUGCAGAAUGGCUCCAAGAUGACCAUAGAGCCGCCGCGAGGCAUUAAAGCCAAUCUCCUGAAGACCUAUGCCAGCGUUACUGAAGAUUUCAUCACUUCCUGCACUAAGACAGCCGAGUUUAAAUCUCUCCUCCUGUCUCUGUGCCUUUUCCAUGGAAAUGCCAUUGAGCGCAGGAAAUUCGGCCCAUUAGGAUUUAACAUUCCAUAUGAGUUUACAGAUGGGGACCUGAACAUCUGCAUCAGCCAGCUGAAAAUGUUCCUGGAUGAGUAUCAGGACAUCCCAUACAAGGUGUUGAAGUAUACAGCGGGGGAAAUUAACUACGGCGGUCGUGUGACGGAUAACUGGGAUCGACGCUGUAUCCUAAACAUCCUGGAGGAUUUCUACCAGCCCAUUGUCCUGAGCCCUCAUCACAUUUACUCUCCUUCUGGAGACUAUAGACAAAUCCCCACAGACAACAACGUCAAGGGUUAUUUGACAUAUUUUCGUGGGCUACCAAUUAACGACUCGCCGGAGAUCUUUGGCCUCCAUGACAACGCCAACAUUAGCUUUGCACAAAAUGAGACAUUUGCUCUGCUGGGAACUUUAGUGAAGCUCCAGCCAAGAGUCGCAGCCAGCGGAGGCAAAUCCAGAGAGGAGAUCAUAGAGGAAAUAGUGGAGGGGAUUGUGGAGAAGAUUCCUGAUCUUAUUAAUGUACAGCAGGUCAUGAAUAAAUACCCAGUGAUGUAUGAAGAAUCUAUGAACACUGUCCUGGUUCAGGAGGUUAUAAGAUAUAAUAGGCUGUUAUCAGUGAUUUCCCAGAGUCUCAGUGAUCUGGUGAAGGCUUUGAAGGGUUUGGUGGUUAUGUCAUCUGAACUGGAGCUGAUGUCAAACAGUCUGUUCAUCAAUGCUGUUCCCGAAAUAUGGAAGGCCAAGGCAUAUCCAUCCCUUAAGCCUUUGGCCUCUUGGGUGUCAGAUCUAGUCCAGCGGAUAGGCUUUUUGCAGAACUGGAUCUCGGAUGGCAUUCCUGCUGUAUUCUGGAUCAGUGGCUUCUUCUUUCCCCAGGCUUUCCUCACAGGAACCCUGCAGAACUUUGCCCGUGGCUCUGUAGUUUCCAUUGACACCAUUGCUUUUGACUUUAAGGUGAUGAAGGAAUCAGUAGCAGAGCUUACUGAGAGGCCUGACAUCGGCUGCUUCAUUCACGGUUUGUUUCUGGAAGGGGCACGCUGGGACGCAGACACAGGUCAGCUUGCUGAAUCUCGGCCCAAAGAGCUCUACACAGAGAUGGCUGUUAUCUGGAUGGUGCCUGUUCCCAACCGCAAAACCCCUCAGUCUGGAGUCUACCUAUGUCCUAUUUACAAAACUCUAACUCGAGCUGGAACUCUAUCUACCACCGGACAUUCAACCAACUACGUAAUUGCAGUUGAGCUGCCCACAGACCGUACCCAGGGGCACUGGAUCAAACAGGGGGUGGCUCUGAUCUGUGCUUUAGACUACUAGACUCUCAAACACACACAUAUACAUAAUUUAAACACACACAAAAGCUUAAAACAACAUGGGGGAAAACAGUGGUUGCAGAACAUGAAUUAUUAAUCAUUUCUAAAUUACAUUUUUUAGUUUCCAGUUGUAAUCAGUUUAUAUAACACCUAUGGUGGAGUUCAUUUGAACUGAUGGUUAUAAAAAUGCUCUGUAAAAGAGGUCAGUCAACUUUUAAUAUUUUAUUCUAAAAGUUCUGACACACACAUACUUAUAUAUAAAUAUAUAUGUUUGUGUGUGUGUGUGUUUAUUUAAUGUGUGGCUUAGUAUUUUAAUGUGUUAAUAAAAUAGAUUUUAAACAUGCAGUGAGUGGUGUCAGCUCCACCCUCAAGUGUAUUUUAUUGAGUGUAAUACUAUAGCUUAUGAAAACAUACAGGGUUUGCAUGUGAAUAGGAAAUAAAAAACAACAUGUGAGCUCAGUAUUGUGUGCUAGUUCAUAAAGUAGCACAUGAAAAGUUCCUGGAUGACCUACUACUUUUAAAGUGUGCAUCUGUGAAUGGCAGUGCAAUUAUCUACUAUACUUUUAAUGGGCAUGAAUAACAUGUAAUAAUAAAAAAUAAUAAUAUUUCCUUACAUUUAUAAAGUGCUUUUCUGCAAGUGGAGUACAUUUACAUUAUACUACAGGGACCGAUUGCACAUGUGCGUAAGUUGAAACAUAGCCUAGUUGUGACUUAAAGGGACACAAAGUUACGACUUACACACUAACUAAACAUUUACGGCAUCCUUCCCCCAUGUAUAACAGUAGAAAAGAGAUGACCGCGAGAUUAGUUUACAUCUAAGGAGCUCUGUCCUUGUACUUACAGCUUUAUUUUCCUCCCAACUCUUGCAUUUUUCGGUUUGUGAAAAUGGAGUCAAUUAAAACAAGAAUUUAAUUCAA